AUGGCUGAAGUUAAUUCUACCAAGAGAUUUAAGCCCGAUGUUCAGCAGCCUAAUGACUCAAAAUUAGUUUCGAAGGUAUUCUCACCAUUUAGAAUCAUUGGUAAUGUGAGUAACGAAAUUCCAUUUGCAAUUGGUACUCUUGGUAGUACAUUUUAUAUUGCUACUAGUAUUGGUAAAAGCUUCCAAAUUUAUGAUGCAAGCAAUUUGCACUUAUUAUUUGUGUGUGAAAGAGAGACCGAGUUUAAAAUUACAUGCCUAGCAGCUCAUUACCACCACUUGUAUGCUGGUUAUGGAAAUAAAGUUGGGAUUUAUAAGAGAGGUAAACAGGUAGCAGUAGUUGAAUUACCCGAUGCUUCUUGUACGGUGAAGCAUCUAUGUGUGUUUGGUGACUAUUUAUGUGUGUCUGCUGAUAACAACAGUGUCUACGUAUUCAGGAAGGAAACGCCAGCCAGUAAGGUUCCUUGCCAGUUCUACACUUCCUUUACUAUUAAUGCUUCCAAGUCCAAUCAGAUUGUGUCAGUAAUUCAUUUAGCGACAUAUCUUAAUAAGAUUAUCGUUGUAUCCAAAUCUAACUUUAUGCUGUACAAUAUCCGCACCAGGAAGUUGCUUUACACUUCUGAUGAGUUUCCAUCUCAGAUUACUACUGCGACACCAGCCCCUGCAUUAGAUGUGAUGGCUCUUGGACUUAAUACUGGGGAGGUAAUUUUGUUUAAUGUGAAGAAGGCAAGGAAGCUACGGACCAUAAAGACGCCGUUUGUAGUGUCUUCUCUUUCGUUUAGAACUGAUGGUUCAGCUCACGUUGCUGUUGGAGCUACUAAUGGUUCAAUUAUGUUUUACGACAUGGACCGCCGUUCCCGUAUACAUAUCAUGAAUGGUGUCCAUAAGGAAUCUGAGGGUGGGGUUGUUAGAGCGUCAUUCUUGAAUGGUCAGCCUAUAGUUGUUACAACCGGCGGAGAUAACCAGUUGAAGGAAUUUGCUUUUGACCCUUCAUUAUCACAAGCUGAUUCAGAGAUCGUUGUACAACCUCCCAGGUUAUUACGUUCUCGAGGAGGUCACUCGCAACCACCUACAUGCAUUACUUUUGCGGACAAUGAGAGCCAUUUUGUGUUAUCAGCUUCGAAGGAUAAGUCGUUACGUGGGUUCUCGUUACGUAAAGAUGCUCAAUCGUAUGAGCUUUCACAGAGGUUGCAUAAGAAUAAGGAUGGGUCCAGAAUCGCUGGUAGCACUGUAAAAGAAAAGUUUUCUGAGAUUGUUUCAAUAGCUAUUGGCAACUUUAGAGAAGGCGAGUGGGAGAAUAUCAUUACAGGGCAUAAAGAUGAGAGGUUUGCGAGAACUUGGAAUUCUAGGACCAAAAGAGUUGGCAGGUGGACACUACCAACUAGUGAUGAUGGUUUAGUCAAAGCGGUCGCCAUUUCCCAUUGUGGAAACUUUGGUUUCGUGGGUUCGUCCAACGGUGGUAUUGCGGUUUACAAUUUACAGAGUGGUAUCAAGCGUAAGGUAUAUAAACUGCAUAAGAAAGCUGUUACUGGUGUUGCAAUUGAUGGUUUCAACAGAAGACUAGUAUCAUGUGGUUUAGAUGGCAUUGUUGGAUUUUAUGACUUCAAUAGUAAUACUUUACUGGGCAAAUUACAGCUGGAUGCGCCAAUUACACAGAUGGUUUACCAUAAAUCUUCUGAUAUUGCAGUAUUUGCUCUAGAUGAUUUUUCUAUCUUCGUUAUUGAUACUAUAACCAUGAGGAUAAUUCGUCAACUAUGGGGGCACUCGAAUAGAAUAACCGCUCUUGAUUUCUCUCCAGAUGGAAGAUGGGUUGUAUCCGCAUCCUUGGAUUCUACUAUUAGGACAUGGGAUUUACCAACUGGUGGAUGCAUAGACGGUAUAAAACUGGAGAAUGUUGCUACUGGGCUGAAGUUUUCGCCUAAAGGUGAUUUUCUUGCAACCACCCAUGUUUUUGGUAAUGGGAUUUCCCUCUGGACUAAUAGAGCACAGUUUAAAGCCAUUUCUACAAGACAUAUUGAUGAAGAGGAGUUUGCCAGCACGCUGUUACCUUCUUCUGCCCAGCAAGGUGGUGCUUCGUUAUUGGAUGGUGCAUUUGAUCAGGAAGAAGGGGAGUAUUUUGCAAACAAGUACACAUCAUUGGAUCAAAUUAGCGAUGACUUAAUUACACUUUCAUUGGGGCCUCGGAGCAAGAUGAACACUCUCAUAAAACUAGAUGUGAUUAAGCAAAGAUCAAAGCCGAAGGAAGCACCUAAGAAGCCCGAAAAGUUGCCGUUUUUCCUGCAAUUGACAGGAGAGAAGGUUGGUGACGAGGCUUCUAGUAGAGAAGGUGUCGAAGCCCAGGAUGUAGCUUCUCAACUGAAUAUGAAAGAGGCCGGCAGAAAGGCAGUAGAAGCGGAAGAAAACUUGGCUAAGUUUAAGCCCUCUGGUGAAGUCAGCUUUGAAUCCAAAUUUACAAAGUUACUGAGAGUAUGUUCACAAUCGGAAGACUACAGCGAAUUUUUGGACACAUUGGUUAGCAUGGCUCCCUCGGCUAUCGAUUUGGAAAUUAGAUCACUCAAUGCUUUUGAGCCAUUCGAAGAGAUAAUCGCGUUCAUUAAUGCAUUGGCAUUUGGUUUAACCACGAACAAAAAUUUCGAUAUUUAUGAAGCAUUCAUGAAUAUGUUCUUAAGGGUUCAUGGAUCUAUCAUUAAUGCAAACCACAACAAUAAGGCUAUACAAAAGGCAAUUAAUGCCUGGGAAAAGAAUCAUGCUGCGAAUGUGCAAAAACUUGACGAUUUAGUGAAGAUGUGCUCAAGCAUUAUAGGUUUCGUCAGUACCGUUUGA